AUUCAGGAACAAGAUGGCAUCCGAGAGAAAAUGCUCACCUAAAAAAUGGCUAACAAUUACUGGACUAUUGUUUUUUAUAACAUUUAUUUUAAUGAUUGUAAUUGCUACUUCGUUUAUUUUGAGAAGCAAUCGAUCAUCAAGCAAGAAGGAAACUGAACAUGACGUAGCCGAAAGUCAAGAGAAGUCAAGAAAGAUUGCAACAGUCUUAUUUAUAACUGGAAGUUUAUUUUUUGUUCUAUCCGUUAAAUUUUGUUGUUUUUCAAAUAUGAGAUUUAAAAAUGCUCGAUCAUCGAACAAUCGAACAAUUGUUAGGGUUAGACAGACAUUCACAACACAAAGUUCUUGCGCAACUCUAAAUUGUAAUAACCUUCCACAAUCAACGAUUCCAACGGUAGGAUUAGACAAUCCUAGUUUUAAUCUUAAUAUAUACCCAAGUGCUGUUCAUAGUUCCAUCCCAAGUGCAUCAUUGCCUAAAUACGAAGAGAUAUGUUCACAAUUUCAUAUUCAAUAUAAAUUAGACAACGAACAAAGCACAUCUGACACAAGACCAAGAACACCUCCACCAUCAUACGAAGAGAUCAAUCAUUGUUGA